AUGGCGUCUGCCUGCGCCUUGGAAUGGGUUCCAGAUUCCUUAUACAACACAGCAGUUUCGGCCAUUGUAGCUUCGUAUUAUCGAUAUAAAAGGGAAGUUAAGGCACUACCAGAGAACGUCCAGUUUGAUAUUUACUACAAGCUCUACAACAAAGGCCAGCUAUGUCAGUUAGGAAUGGAUUUUUCAGAUCUAGACACAUUUUCAAAGGUGCUGAAGAUAAUAGACAAAAGACACUUGCUGCACCACAGUUUUCAGGCAUUAAUGGACCACUGUGUACGUUUGUCUGACAUUCUGGCUGAUGCAUUCACAGUUCAGUUAAUGCCAUCCUCCUGUCCAGACACAGUCUCUAGAGAUAGAGCUAUUCAGUUUGGUCUCUCAUUAGGUGGCUUUUUGAGCGAUGCUGGCUGGUUUUACGCAAGUGAGAAAGUAUUCAAGGGUUGUCUCCUUUUGUGUCAAAUGGAUGAUGUCACAUCUAGUCUUCUUAAAGCAUUGGACUGUAGUGUAAGAUUACUACAUGUUCAGAAUGCCAAUUGUAAGUACAAAGAGGCAGAGAUCACUCGUUCUGUGGCUUGUCAGUGUCUGGAAAUCCUACACGAGAGGAAUGUCCCUGUCAACACCUCGUCAUUUCAUACUGAGUGUUGUGCUCUGCUUUUCGCAGAAAGCCUUUAUGAUGAGGCAAUCAAAUAUUGUAGCAGAGCUGUUAAAGGACUUUCUGCAUCAUUACCUCAUAAGACGGUGGUAGACGUAUUACGACAGUGUUCAAAGGCAUGUGUUGUCAAAAGAGAAUUCAAUAAAGCAGAAACACUAAUCAAGCAUGCAGUGCACUAUGCCAGGACAAUGUUUGGAGGACAGCAUCCUAAAUACUCGGAUGCACUACUCGACUAUGGAUUCUACCUUUUAAAUGUCGACUCUAUCACAGCAGCAGUACAAGUUUAUCAGAUGGCUCUAGAUAUACGGCAGUCUGUGUUUGGUGGAAAUAACCUUUAUGUAGCAAUUGCCCAUGAAGACCUGGCCUACGCUUCCUACGUACAAGAGUACAGUUCAGGCAACUUUAAAAAUGCAAGGGAUCAUGCUGACAAAGCCAUAGAAAUUCUCGGCCAUAUUUUACCACAGGAACAUUUAUUAUUAUCAUCAUCAAAACGUGUGAAAGCCCUCAUCCUGGAGGAGAUUGCUAUUGACAGCCAUGACAAGGAGGAGGAAAACCGUAUGUUAUUAGAAUCUCAGGACCUGCACCUCCAAUCCCUAGCUCUGGCCAAGGCAGCAUUUGGGGAAAACAAUGUCCAGACUGCCAAGCACUAUGGGAACCUAGGACGCCUGUACCAGUCCAUGAGGAGAUAUGAUGAAGCACAGGAAAUGCAUUUAAAAGCCAUAGAGAUCAAAGAGAGGCUGCUGGGUACUGAUGAUUAUGAGGUUGCUCUGUCUGUGGGACACCUAGCGUCUCUCUAUAACUACGACAUGCGGAAAUAUGACGAAGCAGAGAAGCUCUAUCUACGAUCUAUAGCAAUAGGUAAAAAAUUAUUUGGUGAAGGAUACAGUGGGUUAGAGUAUGAUUACAGAGGCCUGCUCAGGCUAUACAGGACUACUGACAAUCACAGUAUGGCUGAUAUGUAUGCCAGUAUCCUUCAGCAGUGGAAUCAAAUCCGGGAUCGCAACAAUGCAAAGGAAGUGCGACCUCUGGAUUUCCAGGUGUUUGACAAUUUACAAGAUCUUGUGCAAGACUGUGUGGCUAAAAUGGGCUGAGCAAGCAUUCAUCUCUGGUCCUGGUGAUAAUGUCUAAAUGUGUGUGAUGUUGUACAGGCUUGUUCAACAGAAACUGGCUGUGUUCCUGUUUUCACUGCCACAUUUUCAGCUGAUCUAGCAAAGUGCAAAAAACAAAAGUGCAAAAAAAAAUCCAACUACUGAAUACAGAUUUGUGGAUAUUAUGUGUGUAUACUGAGAACUGCUUACAAGGCGUUCUCAUUUUAUGGGAGAAAAACUGAAUUAUUUUUUUGUUUUAUAGAUGUCAAUUUGAUAGUAAGAACACUUCUUUAAUAGGGCAAUGAUCUUGAUAUCAUCCAGAGAUGAAGGAAUUCUUAAUCUGAUCACAAUAUACCUUGUAGAAAAUAUCUUGUUGAUUAAGAAGGAACUAUAAAUGUGAAAUGUAUGAAAAACGUUUUACAGUUUGUUGUUUAUAAAUCGAAAGCAUAACUGUACAGUGAAACUACAAAUAAUCACAAAAGGAUUUACAGGUAUAAAAGGAUGUGAAACAAUAUGGAUGUGAAGUAAUUAUAGUGAUAUCUCCCUGGAAAGUGUCAUGGUGCCAUUGAUGCUUUGAACUAUAGGUCUGAUAGAGAAAAGUAUUUGUACUGGUAUUGUGUUGUGUUACAUGUCUGCUGUUUGUUAUGGUGGGUUUCUUUUUGGACAUUUGUUUUUGUGUUUGGACUUCAUGUAUUGUCUUAUAAUGAUAGAAAAGAGGGAGUAGAGCCGCCAACACUGGUUGUCUACAGAGAUGGAUACAGGGCUCCUAGGGCCUCCUACCUGGACACCCAAAGGUAUGCACAUGACUACUCACCCAGUCUUAUAAUGAUAAUGUUAUACAGUAUUUUACUACUUAUGUUGGACUGCAUCCUCGAUACUCCAGGCAUGGACUUGACAUGUUCCUAUAUAAGCUACGACCCAGAAUGAAAAAUUAGCCCCAGGGUCCGACCCCUAGAUCACUUAACCUCAGGGUAUGAUCAUUUAAGCAAGGGUUUGACUCCUACUUAACUUAUUACUCCAGGGGCUACAUUUUCUUUCACUCUCUGCACCCCUGGAAUAUGUCAUGGCAAAAUUGAAAGCGCACAACUAGCCAUUUGAUUUGUGUCAAGAAAAAAUAUCUGACCUAUCGAUAAGCUGAUACAUUUUUUUUUACCAUCUCAGAGGAGCGACAAGUUCAAAGCUAGUCAAUUUAAAGAUAUGCAGACCUAAAGAUUUAAAUGAUGUACUUCAAAGGAUAAAACCUUUUUGUUUCGUCCGCAAGGUGGCGGUUAUGUGGCCUUCACAUUUGAUGUAUUCCAGGGGUACAUUGUACAGAGGGCGACAGUGAACAUAACUAACCCCUGGAGUACUGAGGAUGACUGAAGAGCUAACAGUCAACCAGUCAGAUCUGAGAGUGGUUAGUACUUUAUGGGUGUAGUUUGUAUAUAACAGGUGUACAUACAUACAGAUGCAGAUUGAGGAAGUGAGAAUACUGUGUCUACUGUGUAUUUUUGAGGAGUAAAUUAAGUGUUGGUAGAGGGGAUGUACAAAUUUUGGCGAUCCUUUCAAUAGUCAUGUAAUUAAAGUUAUAUUUUGCAUUGUAGAUACACUGUUGUACGAAAUGAUUCUAACAAUGCUGUGUCAGUUAUCAGCUUCAGGGAAGCUAGGUGAUAUACUUUGAAUUAAACAAUGUAUGCGGAAAAAUGAUGAAAUUUUCACUUUGGAAAGAAAAUUAACAAAAGCUGUAAUUGAUGAAGGACUGAAGAUUAAAUUUAACAAUUAGAAGUCUUGUACAAUGUAUAUAGAAAAAAUGCAUUUAUUUUUUGGGUGGUUGGUGUGGUGACUUAGGAAGAAAAGUGAUUAAUAUUCAAUAGUGACUGAUGUGUUAAUUACAAUUCAGUUCAGGAGCAGAGCACAUCAGAGGUAAGGUACAAAUGGCAGACCAAAAACUUGAGAUUAAUGUUGAUCACGAAAUAGUAAUCAAUGAUAUCAUCAACAUUAUUGUAAGAGAUUGUAUCUACUAACAUCAUGUUUGUAUUGUAAUUAAUUAAAGCCAUUGCCUUUCCUAUUACAUUUUUGUACUUUGGAAAUGCAAACUAAUUGAAAGAAAUAUUCAUUAUUAAUAAAGCAGCUCCAUUUUCACAUAUUGUUAGGUUUCCUGAAAACAGCUAUUUAUAUAAUUAAGCACCAUCAAAUCAAUGUUUUAUAUUAAAAUGUUGUUAAAAUAUCAGCACCUUCCAUCACCCUUUUCAUUAAAUCAUAUGAAACAGGUGCUAGGUCUAUCCAGCGUUGAAUCUGUAAAUAUAAUUUGUAUAAUGUGUGCUGACACUUGUUUUGAUCGAGAGUGAACUCCACAGGAAUAAUGACCUUGGUCUCAAAAAAUUGUUCGUUAAAUAGAUAAAUUAGUCUUGUGACUUUUCUAAGGAAUCGGGUACAGUAAUUUGAUACUUACAAUCAUGGUACAUUAUAACAUAACAAAAGUUACUGUAUCAUUAAUAAAAUCAUAUGGUCAAAAUGUUUUUCUAGAUGUUGAGAGUCUUCUGGGAGUUACAAAUGAACGUUUCUUUCUUAAACUGCACGUCAAAAUGUUAUACAGUAUGACUGGUAAAGUUAAUGUAAAUCCACCUUUAAUUUCAAAGUAAAGUGACAAAGCUUUACUUAUCUCUACCUGUGUAAAUCUCCUAGCCUGAAUAAUACAUUAAAUUAAUCAUGUAAAAACAGAGGUUUUGGUCAUAGUUAGCCUUAAAAACCCUACUGGCCUUAAACACCCAACUAGCAAUAUUUGUAAGAAUAAAAUCUGCAAGAAGACUCAUUAUAUCUGGAGUUAAAAAGUAAGUUAAGAAAAGAUGGUACAUACACAUUUUUUUCUUUUCUUAUAUUCUGUUCGAAGAUGAAGUUUAUUGUGAAGAAGAAACAAAACAAAAUUAAAUGUUUCUUUUCAGAUGAUUUUUGGUUUUUUUACAAAGCAUUCUUUUAAGAUUUAUAAAGGUCACAAUGACACCUUUUUUGAGUGUGUUUUUGUAUGUAAACGUCAUGAUAUUGUACAUAGUGCAGUUUUACAGUAAACAGAAAACAUGCUUGUAUUAUGAGCCUCUGCCUGUGCAUCACAACAAUGUUAUAUUGAUUUACCACACAAACAUUCAGUGUACAUUGUAUGUAUUCAAUAUUUAGAGUGCUAAUAUUGUACACAUUUUAAAUGGCUAAAAAUUCUUUUAGCUAGUCGUUAUAAUCAUUCAUGAGAUAUCCUUUAAAUACAUAAUGAUAAAGCCUGUGAUUUAUUUUGUUUCCCCAUUUUUGUUGCUAUGGUUACAAUAUGUUGCCAUGUUGUUGUUUGUUAAGUGUGUUAAUGCCUAGUAUAUAUACAUGUGAUAAAUAAAUGCUAAAUUAAUUAUAAGUUAUGAUUCCUAUUCUUGCCAAAAGAAUAUGGGUUACAACAGCAGAGCUCAAAACAUAUAUCGUAAUUUUGUUAUCUUAAGUUUUAUAUUGUUGACAAGAGGUUUGUCUUUAAGUUACUGUAGAAUAGAAGACUCAUUAUUGUCAGUGGUGUUCAUCAGGAUCAGUAAUAAUAAAUCAUAUUGAUAUUGAAAAGUUUUAAACAAGAAUUUGAUCAAAGUCCAAUCAGGAUGUUAUCACGUUGCAUAAUAGAACAAAUCAAACAUUGUUUCUUUGUUUAUAAUUCAAAAAUCUACAUUUAAUCCCCAAUACAUAAUAAUUUUGAUAGAUAAAUAUAUAGUAUAAACACUGGUUCGACCAUUGGUAUUGAGGGACAUGCAUGCAAUGUAGCUAUGUAUAGUAUGCACGUCAGUAUGUAUGUCACUGGUAUUAAUUAUUCAGCAAACUUGACAUUAAUGUAAAAUUCAGACUUCAUUCACAUUAUAGAUUCAUUAAGUAUUUUUAUGAUACUUACAAGGUAAUGUAUUAGUUUUUAUGUCAAUAUUUAAUAAAGGUAAUAUUUUUUGCAGAAUAUCUGUAUGCAUAUCACGUUUUCAUACAUAAUACAUGCAAAUGUGAUUUCAGUUUAAACCGAACAAUUAUAAUUCUACCAUUGUCAUCUGUAAUGAUCAUAUACAUAUUAUGAUAAAUUACUAAUUAAUUAAGUCUUAUGAUUAUGCAUUUUUUUCUACUGUUCAAAAUUGUACUGUUUUGUCUUUUUAAAAAUAAAAAAAAAGUCUUGAUCAUGCGGUGGAAAUUUCCUAUUUCUUAAUUCAAUUCAUACCCGGGUAAUUUUAUUACCAAUGUCCCAUCCCAAUGCAAGCCACCAUUGAUAUUUUGGUUAAUAUUUAUUAAAUAGUUAACAUGGUCAUAAGUCUUACAAGUAUAUCAUAUAUUGUAUCCCGGACAAUAUUUGCAAGUUGUCGGACUGUUUUCUGAUGGCUAUAUGUUACUGUGUAUUUGUUUAUGCCCUAAUUGAUCUGUAGAUAAAAUAUAUACAUACACUCAUGAGUCUAGUAAUAAAUAAUACAGACAAGAUUAUGUCACACUGUGUCACGUACUAAUUUAAAUAUUUACAAGCUUGUACCAGGUAACAGAUAAGUAUUAAUAGAAUAUUUAUCAAUGGAAAUAUGAUUGGUUAAAAGAAAUAUAUAUCAAAAAUAUUUCAAAGACAAGAUCUCCCAUGAUAAAAGUUUUCAAGAAAUCGAAUUGUAGAAAUAUUGUACUUAUACCCAGCAAUAUACAUAAUGUAUUAUUUUCAUAAUUAUGCUUUACAUUAUAUUUAACAGUACAUUAUAUUUAACAGUACAUUAUAUACUUAACAGUACAUUAUAUACUUAACAGUACUGUAAGUUAUGUCUUCAUAAAUGCAAUUCCCCUUGAACAUUUUUUAAACAAAUUGUCUCAUAUAAUAAUUGUACACAGGAAGUAUGGAUUCAACAUUGACAAUCUUACAGUUACAUUUUUUAUAUAAAGAAUUAAGACUAUGUACUCUGUAAAUCACGAUCGCUGCACAUGUCUGAAUUAUUGAUAGCCGGAUUUAGUUCUGGCUUCACUUUACACUAAUACAUGUACAGUGUUUAAUGCUAUCAGUAAUUACAUGUACGAUCAAACUGGAUAAUUAGGAAUUCGGAUUCAGAAUAACUCUCAAAAGUCUUUGCUGCAUUGCAGUAUAUAGUAAUAUAUAUAGUCUGGUACUUGCUUUACGAAAAAAUGAAUACAUGCUUCCUCUUAAGUCUAUACUAUUGUAUGCAAAGUAAUUAUCUUAUCUAAUAAAACUAAAGCAGCAGGAAAUAUUAACCAUCAGUUUCCUUUCAUAGAAUAACUUAAAUGACCAAACUCAUGUUUUCGAGAAAAAAAAACAAUUUUAAAAAAAACCCCACAUUGUUCAGCAAGAAAAAAACACAUUGUUCAGUAAGGCAUUACAUCCCAAUAUUGUUUGUGGAAAAUAUGUGCCCUAUAUAGUUAAACUUUAAAUUUCACCCUUGAAUUCUAGGAUGAUUUAAACACGGGACAAAAUAAUAGUUCAGUGUAUACAUAUCGAUACCUGCAGUUUCUACAUGUGGGUGAAUUGAUCAGCACUACAGGAAAAAUGUUGAGAUGAUGAUGUGCAGCAGAUGUGUAUUACAAUGUUUAUGUUUACAGUACUUCAUUGAGAAAGUAUCCUGGUUAGUCAAAUGCUGUUUUUCAUUUACAUUUCAUAUAUGAAAAUGAAAAAAAGCUGUCGUUUAUAUUAUAUUUUUUUUUACAACAUUAUCUAGUGAAAGUCCUAAAUAAUAUUGAUAAAAUGCAUCAUUACAUAUGUUUCUUAAAGGAUCCUGUCAACCCUUUGAGGUAUUAUUCAAACCUUCAGACUGAAGUAUGGGUUAGUCCAUUUUUAUUUUGUAGGGAGGAAAGUUUCUGGUGAAGACUGUAUGAUGAUAUGUUACAUGUACAUUGUGUAUGUUGAAAUUCUGUCUGAUGUACAAGUUUUUUUUACUUGGAUCAGAUAAAAUAAACUAACAUUUACAUGCUUCA